AUGCUCACGAGCAAAGGCGUGGCUCUUAUCACCGGAUGCGCCCAGGGGAUUGGGCGUGCUACUGCUUUUCGCCUCGCCUCCGACGGGUUCCAUCUCGCACUAAGUGAUCUUCCAUCUCGGAGAGAGGACGUCAAAGCUCUUGCUUCAGAGUUGUCACGAAUUCACCCCGGCAUCGCUACGUCUACGCUGUCUACUGAUGUACGAGACGAAGGAGCCGUGAAGAAUAUGGUAGAGUCUGCGUCGGAGGCUCUGGGAGGUAUUGAUGUGCUGGUUGCGAGCGCAGGAAUCAUCCGGAUUGACACUCUGAGUAAACUGAGCGAGAAGGACUGGGACGAUACAUUCUCGGUCAACGUGAAAGGCGUUUUGUUUUGCUACAAGCACGGCGGGAAUCAAAUGAUCAAGCAAGGGCGUGGCGGACGAAUUAUCGGGCUUAGCUCCCUUGCGGGAAAGAAAGGUGUAUCCUCGUUGGGAGCUUACUGCGCUUCAAAGUUCGCCGUACGGGGCUUGACCCAGGUCGCAGCUUCCGAGCUGGGUCCCCAUGGCAUAACAGUCAACGCAUGUGCACCUGGACUUAUCCAGACACCCAUGCUGAAAGAACUCUCACAGGGCUAUUCGAGAAGCACUGGUGGGUCGGUCGAUGUUCUCAGCGCGACAACACAGAGCUCGGCGCUCGGUGUACAGGGACAGGCAGAGGAUGUUGCGGACCUCAUAUCGUUCCUUGCAUCCAAGGAGUCCCGGUUCGUGACAGGUGAGCAUCCCGUGAACCAAAUAUCACCGAUUUUAAUGAUUCAUCUUCACCAACUAUACCGCUGA